CGGGAUUCAUUAUCUUGGAUUUUCUCCCCACCCACUUUUUAUUGACUUCCCUCUCCGCGACUUCGCGAAGAGAACACCCCUGUCACCAUGGCUGGAAGUCAGAAGAAGUCCACCAAGAAAUUCGAGAAGAAGCAUCUCAAAGAUGUCCUCGAGCGCCGCAAGGCCACCGCUAAGAUUAAGCAGCGCAACCACCUGAAGGAGAAGCGUAAGGCGGACAAUGCCAAGCAAAGAGCAGAGCGGGACGAGGAUGAGGAGGAGAGCCCCGAGCAGGUGCAGAAGCAGAAGGACUUUGCCGAAAUGAACGUCGACGACUUCUUCGCGGGCGGCUUCGACAUUCCCGAGUCUGCGGCGGAGUUGACCAAGAAGGGCCGCAAGAAGGCCGUCACCCCCAAGAUCGGCAAGCGCAAGCGCUCAGAUAAACAGAAGGACGAGGACGAGGAGGCUGCGUCGGCUUCUGAGGAGGGAGGCAGCGACGACGAGGGCAGCGGGCCCGACGACUUCGAGGCGCACAAGGACCAGCUUGAGGCGUUGAAGGAGAAGGAUCCGGAGUUCUACAAAUACUUGAAGGAGAACGACGCUGAGUUGCUCGAUUUCGGCGAACACGGCGACCUCGCGGAGGUCGACCAGCUGAGCGAAGAGGAGGAGGAGGAAGGUCCCGCCAAGAAGAAGAAGAAGGGCUCCAAGGCCAAGGCUGCGGAGGAGGAUGAGGAUGAGGCGACCGACAACACACUCACGCUCGCAAUGGUCAAGAAGUGGCAGCAGCUGAUGGAGGAGCAGCACUCGAUCCGGGCGAUGCGCCAGGCGGUGCUGGCCUUCCGCGCUGCGGCGUACGUCAACGAGGGCAACGACGAGCAGGAACAUAAGUACACCAUCUCGGACUCCAACGUCUACCACCAGGUGCUCGUGACGGCGCUGAACAACAUCCCGCGGGUGCUGGCGCACCACCUGCCCGUCAAGGAGAGCGCGUCGGGCAAGGUGCGGGUGUCGAUGGACUCGAAGAAGUUCAAGACGCUCACGCCGCUGAUCAAGUCGCACACCAGCUCGGUGCACCAACUGCUGACCAACCUAUCGGACGAACCGACCCUUAAGCUCACUCUCUCCUCGAUCGAACCCAUGCUUCCCUACCUCCUCCAGUUCCGCAAGCUCCUCAAGGUGCUCGUCAAGACGAUCGUCAGCAUCUGGGCCGACGUGUCCACGACCGAAGCCACGCGGAUCACGGCCUUCCUCAUCCUCCGCCGCCUGAUGGUCAUCGGCGACGCCGGCCUCAAGGAAGCCGUGCUGAAGGCCUCCUACGAAGGCGUCGUCAAGGGCAGCCGCAACACAACCGUGCACACCCUCGCGGGCGUCAACCUCAUGAAGAACUCCGCGGCCGAACUUUGGGGCAUCGACCAAAACGUCUCCUACACAACAGGCUUCAGCUUCAUUCGCCAGCUCGCCAUGCACCUGCGUAGCAGCAUCACCAACACCUCAAAGGAGUCCUACAAAACCGUCUACAACUGGCAAUACGUGCACUCGCUGGACUUCUGGUCGCGCGUGCUCUCGCAACACUGCGACGCCCUCGUCGAAGCGCAAGCCGGCAAACCCUCCGCUCUGCGCCCGCUCAUCUACCCCGUCGUGCAGAUUACCCUGGGCGCGAUGCGCCUGAUCCCAACCGCGCAGUACCUCCCCCUGCGCUUCCAACUCACGCGUGCCCUCCUCCGCCUCUCCCGCGCCACAGGCACCUACAUCCCCCUCGCCUCCGCCCUGCUCGAAGUCCUCAACCUAGCCGAGAUGCGCAAGCCGCCCAAGACCAGCACGCUCCGGCAGCUCGACUUCGCGACCGCCAUCCGCGCGCCCAAAUCCUACCUGCGCACGCGCGUCUACCAGGACGGCGUUGGCGAGCAGGUUGCGGAGCUUCUCUCUGAGUUCUUCGUGCUCUGGACCAAGCACAUCGCCUUCCCUGAGCUCAGCGUCCCUGUCGUCGUCGCCCUCAAGCGCUGGAUCAAGCAGGCCAGCGCCCGCACCGGCGGUAACAGGAACACCAAAAUCAAUCAGAUGAUCCUGCUGCUCGUCCAGAAGGUCGAGGCCAACGCCCGCUGGAUCGAGGAGAAGCGUCUCGCUGUCACCUAUACGCCCCGUAACCGCGCCGAGGUCGAGAGUUUCCUUAAGGAUGUCGAGUGGGAGAGCUCCCCGCUCGGCGCGUUUGUUAAGUCCCAGCGGAAGCUCCGUGAGGAGAAGGCCGCGCUGCUCGAGCAGGGUAGGCUAGAGGAGGAGAAGCGUCGUAAGGAGGAAAAGGCGGAGGCGGCGCGGGAGGCGAUCCGGGAUGAGGUGAUCAGUGAGGGGGAUGAGAGUAGUGAGGAUGAUGAUGAGGAGGCGGAGGAGGAGGAGAUUGAGGAAGGGUCUUCGUCGGAUGGGGAGGGUAGUGAGGAGGAGGAGGAAGAAGAAGAAGAAGAAGAAGAAGAAGAAGAAGAAGAAGAAGAAGAAGAAGAUGAGGAUGAGAUGGAGUUUGAGGAAGAGGAGGAUUAGACUACUCUUCCACAUAUAGUCGAUGUUUCUUUGUGUUCUUAUACCUUAUACUCUAUGUAGCUAUUGGGAACCUCACUGCGUCCAAGUCUGUUUUUCGUCAUGUCAAUACAAAAAGUUCAAG